CAUCAUCAUCUCAGAGUCUUGUGUUUCCACAGGUCAGAGCUUAUGGUUAGAGUAGAAAAGUAAGGAUAAGGAUCAUAGGAUAAGUAAAAUACUUCUUCAAUAUUUACAGAUAAAUGUGAAGCAGCGCUUCAUUAUAACUACCAUUGUGUCACUAAAUACAGCUCUAUUAGAAUAGGACUCAGUCUGUAGAUCAGAGGAAGUGAACAAACACAGGAAGAGCUGGGACUGUUUAAAUAAAGAGUUGAGAUCAUAUACUGAAGAGAAAGACUGAGAGACAGACUGAGAGACAGAGAAAAUGUCUGAUAAUAAUCAUCUGUGUCUGCUGGGACUGAUCUUUCUCUCUUCACUUCUCACAGGUGUCAGUGGAGUGGAUGAGGCUCGUGUGUUCAUCAGUUCUGGUGAAGAUGUCCGUCUGUCCUGUAAUAAUGCUCUUCAUGACUGUACAUCAACUACAUGGAUCUAUAACACAUUCAGUCAUUCAGCAGCAGUUGAACUGAUUGCUUUAGGGAGAAAGAGGAAAGACACAGAGAGUCAUGAGAGACUGAGUCUGGGGUCUGACUGCUCUCUGAACAUCAGGAACAUCUCAACAGAAGAUCAUGGAUCUUACAUCUGCCAACAAUGGACUGCUGUGGGUGGAGAACGACUAAGACCUGAUGCUCAUGUUUAUCUGCAUGUUCUUCAUGUCUCAUCCUCACAGACUGAGAUCAGUGCAGAUCUCUCUGUGACUCUCUUCUGUCAGCUGUAUUCAUAUCCUCGAGUCUCUUGUGAUGAUUCGGUCGAUUCUGAGAGAAUUGAUCUGUUCUGGGUGAAUCAGGCUGGUGUUAAACUGAAUAUAUCAGACUCCAGAUAUCAGAUAUCAUCCUCAUCAGAUCACUGUAUCAUCUCUCUGAAUACAACACUCCUGAAUGAAGAUCACAACAGAGAGUGGAGAUGUGAAGUUACUCACAGAGAUCAAGUCAAGAGCUCAGUCACAUACACUGUCAAGAGUUCAGCUGAAGCUGGUUCAACAACAGCAGUGAACACACUCACAACUAAAGAAAUUUUGAUAAUUCUUAAGACUGCAGUGUUUGCUGCUCCUACUGUGAUUCUUCUUCAGAUCAUCUGUGACAGAAGAGCUGGGAGGAAGGACUCGCAGCAGCCAGAGGAAAUAGAGAUUAAUACAAUAAUAGAAUAAAAUACUCUACAAACAACAGGCCAGAUUACAGCAAGAUUUAUCUUCAGCUCUAUUAAUUUAAUUCAUAUUUGCAUACAGUUUUGAAGGAUAUGUUCCAUUGUUCCAUACUGUACUGAAUACAUAAAUAUAAUAUUAAAUCCCUACUUAUGAAAAUUAUAUGAA